GAUGGUCGUUGCUUUAACUCCCGGAUAUCAAAUUGCCGCCAUUGUUAUGUCCUUUUUUCUCAGCUUCUGGAACUUGUUCUCCGGUUUUCUCAUCCCACGUCCCCUAAUACCGAUAUGGUGGAGAUGGUACUACUGGGCUUCGCCGGUUGCAUGGACAAUAUACGGGAUUUUCACGUCGCAAAUAGGAGACCAAACAGGAGAUCUUGAGCUAACGGGAAAUAUCGCAACGAUGAAAGUGAAUCAGUUUCUUAAAGAGGAAUUAGGGUACGAUCAUGAUUUUCUUAUCCCGGUGGUGUUUGCGCAUGUCGGAUGGGUGUUGCUCUUCUUCCUCGUUUUCGCGUACGGGAUUAAGUUCCUCAACUUUCAAAGAAGAUGAUUGUGAGAAAUUAAUUUUGAGGUUUUCGUUUGGGAAAUGUUGUUCCAUAAUAUUUUUUUACAUAUUUUUUAAUUUGGUUUUGAUCUUGUUUUGAAGUUUAUUGGGAUACAUUUGUCUGUUUAUGGAGAGUAACUACUUUCCUUGUAUUUUUUUUAAUAAUUAUGUAUAUUUAGGGUUGGAAAUCGAAACGGAAUCUUCGAAUUCCACCGAUUCUGAUCAAUGUAUUUCA